AUGGAUAUUUCUGCAGAUCUCGUUGAACUAGGACGGACACCUGUGGCAGUAUUUUGCUCUGGAGCCAAAUCAAUCUUGGAUAUUCCGCGAACACUUGAAUAUCUCGAGACUCAGGGUGUGCCUGUGCUUACAUUCCACCCAGAGGGUCAAUUUCCCUGCUUCUACACUGCUGCAUCGGGCUGUCGAGUGCCCACAGUGGCAAGCAUUGAAGAGGCAGCUCAUACGAUCGCUCGAAAUGAAGAGUUGGGGCUUGAAAAUGGGCUGGUCUUUGGCGUGCCCAUUCCCAACGAAUUUGAAUCGGACGGAGCAAUCAUUCAAAAAGCCGUGGAACAGGCCGUCCAAGAAAGCAAAGAACUUGGCAUUGAUCGACAGGGUAAACUGGUCACACCUUGGCUGCUAAAGCGAGUCAGCCAGUUAGCGAAGCACUCUGUCAAGAGUAACGUGGGUCUUGUUCUAAACAAUGCACGGUAUGCAGCGGAAUGCGCUGUAGCAUUGAGUGGGAAGCCAUCUUCGCAGGUGGCCUAUUGGAACACACCAUCUCCCCAGAUUAUGGUAUUUGGGUGUGCAGCGAUGGAUAUCACGGCACAGCAGCGUGUAGAUUCUCCGCACUCUACCUCUCCAGGGACUAUACGCUUUUCCACAGGUGGUGUGGCUUUCAAUGUCGCUCGAGCAGCGCACGCCAUGCUCUCUAGCGACACUGAUGUGCUUCUUUGCGCGCCCUGUGGUGAAGAUGUUUUCGGAAAGACCUUAGUCGAGGAGGUAACAAAGGCGAGUAUGCGGACCGAUGCACUGGUGUCAGCCAAGAAGACAGCCGUGUGUAACCUGCUUCUCAAUGCCGCGGGAGAGCUUGUUACCGGUACGGCGGACAUGGAUAUGGUGGAACAAACAAUGACGCCAGCUAUGGUUGCGGGACAAAUUCGACGACACAAGCCACCCGUCGUCUGUAUGGAUGCAAAUAUGUUGCCGGAGACACUGGCUACUGCACUGGAUGCAUGUGCUUUUGUUCGUUCCAUUGUGUUAUUUGAGCCCACAUCCGUGCAGAAGUGCGGGCGUCUGGUAGAGGCUCUGACCCUUCAGUCCCAUCCAAAGCGUGUGCAUUUCAUCACGCCUAAUCAAUAUGAGCUCAGCAUUUUGGCAAAACUCGUCCGCACACGGUUGCCGCAUGCACCACAUCCUUCGCUGAGUAACGUACAGACUUUAGCAACUAGAUGGGAAUUACCACCAGCCUGGCUCCAAGAUGCGCUAACAACUGCUAGACUGGCGCAUACACAGUUCAUCAAGCUUGGAAGUCGUGGAGUCUUGGUUGUAACGCAUGCUCAGUCUGAAGAAAGUCCUCUUAUUCUACAUAUGCCAGCCAAUACCCUCGACCCCGAUCAAAAGAUGAAUAGCACGGGAGCAGGCGAUAACUUUCUCGGCGCAGUACUUGCCAAGAUUUCGAAUAUACCUAAGAAAUUUGAACAUUGGACGCUAUCAGAUAUGGUGGAUUUGGCUCAUGCAGGACAACAAGCGGCUCAGCGCACUUUAUGCAGCCCUGAGGCUGUCUGGCGCCAUGCUUGA